AGUUGAUUGGUUGAAAUUCUUAUCAAGAUCUUGAUCGAUUUUGAUACUUUACGCUUCUUCUUUUUCAAAAAGUUAGUUUUACCACUCACCGAAGCUCACUUUCACUUUCACUCCCCUUUCUCCACUACUAUCUCCACUCUGUACCACUUCACCUUUCCUUCUCCUUCUCCUCAUUUCUUUUAAAUCAUUUCACAUUUAUCAGAACAAAGAUCAUUCAGUCGAACCUAGCCAUCUACCCAAUCCUCAUCUUUUUUACAAACUAGAUCUCAUUCACACAUUCACGAUCAGAGUAUAUCUUGACCUGUAUCCCUCAUGGCCUCCAACUCUACCGAUCCCAAUGCCACUGGCAAUAACAACUCUCGCUCUGGCGGUGGAUUGGGUGCAGCGACAUAUUAUGGAGCAGUUGCUGUGGUCGUCUUCGUACUCGUUGCUCUCACAAUCGUCUCUCGAGUGCUUUACACUCGUAAGGGUAAAAGACUUGCAGCUCAGCAGUCAGCUGGUCAAUCUUCCCGAGAUGCGGAAGAGCGAGUGGCUAUGGAACGCAGAGGUGAAGCAGUCGGUUUACCUACCUAUCGUGAAAGUGUGCUUCCCACCAGUCGCAAUCUUAUCUUAGCAUCAACUCCCAUCGCCAGUUCACCCGCUCCUCCUCGCUCCGCUUCAGUCGACACGCUUCCUAUCCCAACACUCCCUAACAUCACGGUUUUACGUGCUUCCCUUUCGGAGCCUCAACUUUCACCUCCUGCCUAUCGGAUUCCCCCACCAAAGUAUGAGGAUGCUGCUGAGGACGCCGACCGCACAACUCAGAUAGUGGGUCAGGCACUCGAUGCUGAAGACCCUUCAUUGCUGAACGUCAUGAGUCAGAGACAUGAUUCGGUAGCCACUCUGGUCUUGCCGAAUGUACAGGUAGUGGACGCCGAUGAAUCUGCUUCCUGUGGUCAGCUAUCUCAGACCCAGCCCUCUUGUCAACCCGACCCAGCCACUCAAUAACACCCGACUCUUCCCCUCGCACGACACAUCCAUUUUAUAAAUCAAAGAAGUUCCAUCCCGAUCUUCCCUUUACGAGCAGAUAUUUUCCCUGAGAUUUCCUUUUCAAUCAUCACCUUACUCCUCUCAAAUACGACGUCGAUGUUCCGCAAAAUCGGUCUAUAUCCUGUCAUGUAUCAUCAUCAACUUCCUUCUCAGCUUCUAGUGACAUCUAUCCUAUUCACCAACUCGUGAAGAAUCUCACCCAAUCUCGCUUCACUCCUGCUGUUCUCUUAAAUCAUCAAAAAUUCCAAAAUCCCUGGACCUUCCGGGCGAAUCUCGAAACGACCAGGUUAUGGGCUUUUUCAGUCUCAUCCUGUCGUAUCUAUCCUGUUUGUAUGUUCAUAUGUAUUGAUGUGUUUUGUAUUAUGAGGAUAUGCAUCCCUUUUCGACCUCCUCUUCUCGUCCUGGCGUUGCUUUUUCUCAAUGAAGGAUAAAAGCAGUGACAAGAUUGGGUUUAAGAAUGAUUCUAUUGCAAGGAUAUACGGACCCGCAUUUUCAAUUAUUAACUAUCGUCCUAUCCUUUUUUUUUUCUUUUCUGAAGUUGAUGACUUGUUAUUUUGUUUUGUGAAUAUCUAUUUAACUGAGUUUUGUUAAUGAGAUUUUCGUGGUUGUUAGUAUAGUUUAUUUUGUGUGUGUAUGAGAUUAUAUUAGUUGGGCUUCAUACAAAGAAAGAAAACAAGACGGUUUUGUUGGCUUUGGCUUUUUGGACUUUGAGUGAUUGCUUCUUUUAGUUGUUUACAAGCUUUUUUUUAUCUCACGAAGUAUGGUGAAGGUUAUGAUGAGGUAUGAACAGAAAUGAUUUUUUUUAUU